AGGCGGCUCCAGCGCGCCCCGCAGACGCGACGCGCCGGCUGUAGCGCGGGACCAAGGUCCACAGCCCUCCAUGCUGAGCCACGGUGAGGCGACGUACUUCACGUGGGCCAGAACACCAGCUCCCGCGUCCAGCGCCAGCGUGCCCCUUCUGGGAUCGCCAUCGUGGCGCAACCACCUGCACACUGGCGGCGCUCCGAGCCCCCGGACAGCCAGGGGGCAGGUGGUGUCCGUGGCCACGCCGAGGACUUCCGUGCGAGCCACUGUGGGCGUGCACCGCCUGACGUCUCAGCCUUCGUCAGCCUCGGGGUUUGGCCGUGACGAUGGCAGAGACCGCGCACAAGCCUUGGGCGCCGCGCCCUCGGGCGCCGACGGGGCCGCACUGCCGCCGGAGCUGCUCGGAGGCACGAGCGCGUACCCUGGCCUUCACAGGUGCAGGAGUUCGGGGACGAAUUUGAGCGCCAGAGCUAUACAGCCGACGCCCAGGGGUGAGUCGCAGGCCCUCUUACCCACGUCCACGCGGAGGUCUGCGGACGUCGAGGUGUCUGAGGGCGGCUCCGACAUGCAGCUGCGAGUGCGCAUCCUGCCUUCGGAGCUCUUCAAGUGGAAGGAGCUGCAGAUCUGCGCCUGCAUAGACAAGGCGUCCUUCGGAGAGGUCAUGUUGGCCAAGCUUGGCAACGAUGUGCUGAGCGCGAAGCGCUGCCACGUCGGCGCUGACGGCUCCAUGACUAAGGAACAGCUGCACAAUUUCGAGCGGGAAAUCAACGCCUAUCGCAUCCUGAAGCACCCAGGUGUAGUCGGGUACGUCGGCUGCGUGCUCGAGCCUCCUAACCUUGCCAUUCUCACCGAGUACCUGCCGAAGGGCAACAUAUUCAACUUGCUCUACAUGAACCGGGUUAAUUUGCCAGCUGCCAUCCGCCUGAGAAUUUCAUUGCAAUUGACAGAGGUUGUCGACUUCAUGCACGGCCUGGACCCCGUGCUGGCCCAUCUUGACCUGAAGACGCCCAAUAUUCUACUCGACAGCGAGUACAAUGCCAAGCUGUGUGAUUUCGGGAAGACGCAGUCGCUCGAGAACGGCAGCUCCGUGGUGCAGGGGUCGGAGUUGCUCGGAUCCCCGCGCUACAUGGCGCCCGAGCUGUUCCACGGCCCGGGGUCGCGGUUCACGGAGAAGGCCGACAUCUGGGGCAUGGCCUGCUGCCUGAUAGAGAUUUUAGGGGGGCCCAUCCCGUUCGAGGACAUUCCAGAGGUGGCGCAGAUCGUCGACUGCCUCCGGCGGGAGCUGCCGCCCCUGGUGCCCCACUGGUUCGCCGAGGCGGUGCAGCCGGCCCUCCGGCAGUGCUUCGCGUUCGUGCCCGCGGGCAGGCCGACAGCGGCUCAGCUCACUGUCUCCCUCUGCUCGCUGACUGCUCACGACAUGGAGGUGCGCGGCAUGGACAAACGCCGCGCGAGCUGACGCCCGCGGCGGCGGGCUCCCUCGCGCGCGGCACUGCCCAGGAUUGCUGGCCUGGCGCCGGAACCAGCGCUGCCCGGGCUGGAUCCGGGGCCGGUGCGCGGAGCCCCAUGGGGGGCACGGAGGAAGAGGUCGGG